AUGGCUGAGGAUAUCGAUUAGAAAUUACUUUAGAGAUUUGAAAUCAUUCAAAAAAUUAGGAAGGUCUCAGGAGGAGUCAUUUGGAAAGCAAUAGAUAGGAAAACUAAUAGUGUAUUUGAAUUCAUUGAAAUAUUGUUAGUCGCUAUUAAAAAGAUCGAUUAUUCAGCUAAUCCUUUACACCUUUUGAAAUCAAUGAGGGAAACAGUCAUUCUGCAGGAGAUUUCAAAACAUCCGAACAUUAUGAAGGUGCUCCAAGUCAUUAAUAAGGGCAACGAUCAAUAUACUAUUUAUGACUUUGUAGAUAUGGAUUUGAUUUCCUUAAUCAAAGUCAAGAUACUCCAACCAGUAUUAAAUUCAUCACAUUCUAAUAGAAACACAUACAAAUAAUUUUAUGCAAUAUUGUAACUGCUCUUUACUUUAUUCACUCUGGAGGACUGGUCCAUCUGAGUUUGACCCCAUCUAAAAUAUUGGUUGAUUCUGAAUGCCAAAUCAAAUUGAUAGGUUUCGGAUUCUCUCAAUUGCUACCAAUUAAGGAUCCAAAAUACACCUGUUUGCAUUAUCUUCCACCAGAGAUCCUAUUGUAAGGGAAAGUCAACACAUCAGCAGAUAUCUGGUCAUUGGGCUGCAUUUUUGGAGAGAUGUUGUGUCAUCAUCCAUUAUUUGUAGGCAAUUCCACUUUCAAUUAAAUCGAAAAGAUAGUUGAGCUUAUUGGAAAACCUAAUGAUACCAAUCUGAGCGAAUUAGCACCUUAUGUUCUCCAAGGCAUAUAGCCAGAUAGAAAGAAGGCCUUCACAAGCAUAAGUGAUGAUUCAACUGCUGUUGAUUUAUUAAAGAGAAUGCUUGUUUUUGAACCUCAAGAAAGAAUCACUCUAAUUGAUAUUUUAAAGCAUCCUUAUCUUAGCGAAUUCGCCAAUAAAUGUGAAUUAAAGAAAGCCAUUGCUCCCUUUUAAAUCGAGGAGAAUUCCUUCAAAGAAUUUCAGAAUGUUUUACGAGAAAGAGGAAAAAAGGUCGAGUAGCCUUCUAUUAAUAAUUCCUUCAAUCAAUAAUUGGAUACUAGCAGAAAGAAAUCAUUUAGAGAAUCCACUCCCAUUUCUGCAUUGAAAUAGAAGACGUCAACUAAGAUCAAAGUGAAUUCGCCCAUCCAAAGUCCUAAAAUAUAGAAGUUAUAUUAAAUUGAUGAGAAAUAGAGAUGA